AUGGCCUUGCGACUUCACAACACCAGAAUACUCGAGGAUAACACUUGCUGUUUCAAUUUCAUCUUUGAAGACUUUUCCAAUAUCGGCGAAUGUGUGUAUUCAAAGCCGUUCGCUUUCGCUGGUUAUCGCUGGCGUUUUCAAGGCGGAAUAAAGGGGGGACAGUUUAAUGUUUUUUUGAGAUGGCUCGGUGGAGGGCAGUUCACUGAGAAACUUAAGUGCAAGAUACGAUUUUCCGUGCAAAUUAUCAACAACAACGACCCUUCGAAGUCUGUAAGAGCUGGCAACAUGAACGAGGACGACGAAUUUCCUAAAGUUUUAUUUGGAACAGGAUGGAGCAAGCUAGCGCCAGUGGAUGUAAUUGAGAAGCCCAACUCGGGCUUUUUGGAUCAUAACAACUUGUUUGUGGAGAUGAAGUGUUCAAUGGUACAGACCGUAUUUGAGGAUAAGUUAGUCAUCAAUUUGUCAUCCCGCACAAGCCACGUCACCAGCUCAAAGUUUUCCCUGUUUGGCGAGGAAUGGUAUCUGGUACUUUACCCAAAAGGGGAACCGAACAAAAAUUCUGGCCAACAUUCUGAACAUGCCGCGGCGUAUUUACACAGAGAAGAACCGUCGAUGUUAAGGUUUAAAGCUACGUACUCAAUUUACAUCCGAGACGGGCGUGAGGUACAAGUAACCCAUAACUUCUCCGAUAGCAAUGCCAGUACAGCUUUUGGUAUUGAGAAGUUUAUGCGCUCCAAGGAUCUCAAGGCAAUCUCCAAGGGAGGGAUGGUCUCCAUUGGAGUAAAAAUCACCAGCAUUGAGCCUUACUAUUACCUAGGUUUUGACACAGCCAGGUGGAAUCCUCAAGAUCAUCAAGGGAUUGAGUGUGUCAUUGAGGGUGUAGACUUGGCAUUGAAAAUGAGGUCCCUGGAUCAGAAGACGCUGGAUUUUAGCCUGAAGUUUGAUCCCGGACCAAAGUUUCUUCACUCGGAAUUGGACGAGAGUGCUUAUUACAUGAAGAUCCUUUGGAGCAUCCGAGUGAUCUGUCUCAAGGACGAUAAUACAAGUGUGACCGUGAACUCGUGGGAUGUUGCUGGUAGAAGCGCAUUCUGUCAUAGUCAAGACGAAAUGAUCAUAAACACAACUCUGGAGUUAAAUGAGGUAUAUCACUAUCACUAUCAUCAUUAAUUGAUAUUAAUAUUAUUAUUUCUAUUUCUAUUAUUAUUAUUAUUUAAUGAAGGAAUCAGAAAUGGCCGAUCAAGGGCAAAAGCAUUCACCUCCACUCAAAUUGACAAAACCCUACGAACGAAAACACUAGUCCACUACAGCUCGCAGCCGAUUAUAUUAUUAUUACCCAGGCCCCACUGUUAACAACACCAACGUUAACUUCAUUUCGGCCGAGAUCGGUAAAGUGUCCCUGAUGAACAAUUUAUUCCGGCACAUUUUUCAAGUGGGCACGGUGUUAGCAAGUCGUCAAAAAUGACGCAUUUAAAAUGCUCCUAAGGAGGGGUCAGUGAAUUUAUGAGCUCAAUUCUCAAACAAAAUCUCUUCCGCAAGGUCUUGAUGUCUCCGUAUAAAAGGUAAUUUUACAGAAUUUUUUAAUCAUUUUGGUAAUUUUGUUGUAGGGUCUGCCGGAUUAUGCCGGCAUAAUUUUGAGCAUAAUACUAUAUCUGGAGCAUCAGGCAUAAUGCUGGCAUAAUACUAAUAUUUUUGGAGCAUAAUGCCUCUGUUUCUGAAAACUGUGAGAGGUGUAUGCAAAUUUUGCAAGCAACUCGCUCUUAGCGACGCUCUAGAAUGUACAAAGUUGAUAAAAGUGGGAAUAUUUUAACUUGAUACGUUAGACUCGUACCCAGUGCAUUUUGCUAUAAUCCACGUUCAUUGGAGAAAGACAUAUAGUAAGCCUUUCAAUGCCUCACAAUUUCCGACCUUUCGCUUGCUCAUCAAAUGUUUAACUGAAUAAUUAUUGUCUAACAAUUCUUUCAAAAAUGAAAGACUAGGAAUGUUUAUUAACAGAUACAGGCCAUAAUUUGAGCAUAAUACCUCCAGUCGAGCAUAAUUUUGAGCAUAAUACCCUAGUUUCACGGGUGACGCCCGAAAGCAUAAUACUCUAUUUUUCGAGCAUAAUCCGGCAGACCCUAUUUUGUUGUUGGUUGGAAAUUUGAAAAUGCCUGUGGAGUGGUUGUCACUUUAAGUUUCGAAAAUAUUUUCAUGGUUGUCUUUGUUCUAGACCUGCGAUAGACAGACCAAUAUUGAUCAUUGUUGACACUGAAAAAUCAGUGCAAAAAUACAGCUACCGCUUCACAUGCGGAUGUACCUCUCUUGUAUUUUUAGGUGCUGAAUCCUUACAGCCCUUACUUAGACGACGAGAAGCAUGUGUGUGUUCGGUUAGUCAUCAAAAAUAUCAAUGAAGUUUAUGAUCCUCUUCUGGUGAACUCCGACAAGCACAGCAUUGCGAAACUGAGAGAAGUGAACGCAAUGAACAAAGCGACACUGGAAAAUUUCUGGUAAGACUUACACUUGUAUCAGUACACUUAUUCAAACAGCAAUCAAUUGAGUGUAACAAGCAACUACCCUCGAGAAAUAAAAUGGAGACAAGGUAACACUAUCUGUUAUCCCGGAGAAACGGAUAGGCGACCGGGUAGGGCAAUGAUGUCAUUACGACAGGUGGACAAUUAUGGCUCAGUUUAAAAUUAAUGAACGCAACGGUGUAACUUAAGGUCCCUAAUGACAACAAAUGACUGCUCGGCGCGAGAAAAUUCCCCACAGAAGAGUUCCUAAAGGUAUUGGAAUCAAGUCCACAAAAUGAAGGCUGCAUAAGAAAGGGACAUAUAACAAAUCUGCUUUUUUAACGGAAAUUAGCCCCCAAUGCGUCUCCAUCUCCCUGCCCGCCUGCUCGCACUUUCUAGCUUUCCUUCUAUACCCCAUAAAAGAACCUGUAUGCAUGGUGAUAAAUUAUGACAGAAGGUAAAUGUCGAGGCUAGGUAAAUAAACGAGAAAGAUGUUACAAUCGAAAGUUUUCUUGAUACCCACGGGUGACCAAAAUUAAUUUUCUCUCACAAUAUUUAACAAUUAUUCCUCGAGCCCGAAUGGGCUCUGAGUCAAUAGCCCAUGAGGCCGAAGGCCAAAUGGGCUAUUGACGCAGAGGCCAUAAGGGCGAGAGGAAUAAUUGUUUUAGUAAAAUCCAACACGUUGGUCAAAAAUAUCGAGAAUAGAAAAAAUUUUAGCUAGUUAAAGCUAGACUUUAAUCCUUUUUUGCCGCCAAAAAGCCGGCGCUUUUCGCUACUAGUGGGCUAUAACAUAUAGCCUAGUAGUAGCUCAACCAAUCAGAACGCAGCAUUGAUAAUAGACCACUAGUUGGAUUUUACUAAAAACAUAUAUUCAAGAGAAAAGGUUGUAAGAAUUGAUAAAAUGAUCCCCAAAAAAGAAAUCCAUUGAUCUUUAAUUGAAUUCUCUUAACUGAUUCUUUUAAGCUAUGUAUGGAGAUCCGUUUGGAGAAUUUGUAGGUGAAUAUUGGGGAUAAAGCACAGGUGUUGCAGUAUGCCUUAUUUUACAGGAAAGAUCAACUAGAUGUUGUAGCUUCCGAGAAAGAUCGGUUAUUGGCUGACAAGGAGGAAGAGAUCGCAGCAAAACAGGGGGAGCUUGAAGAGAAAGAAGCUCUUAUCCAAGAACUAGAGAAGGAGAUUAGUGAGAGCAAAGAGUGCCUUGCGGAGAUCGAGAGUACUGUUGACGAGGUUACUUACUUAAUUUUCCAUAUUUCUCUAUAUAAUUCAGUUGUAUAUGUGCUCAAGCCCUGUUACAAAUAUGAGUAAAGUCGAACAACCAUGUGCGAUCUCCUCUCGUAGUCGACCGCCUAUCCAAAACACAAAAUUUUUUCCCGCCAAAGCCCUAUAAUCAGAAUCUAAGGAUUAGUCACUCCCCCGUUGAGUUACUUGACACAUGGUGUGAUCUCUUUGUUCGCUUUAUGUACUUCGCCACUCACAGUAUACGACGAACUUCAGUAACAACAGAGAGCUACACAUCUCGUAACUUAGAAACUGUGAACAGAACAUUUUCUUCCAAAAAGUAUUCCUAUUUCGUCUGAACUCGAUCCUUUCACUUCAGCCAGCUUUGAGUCCUGUAAUCUGUAACUCGAUUAACCGAUGAUAAGCAAAGAUAAAUACCCGUACUUAGUCAAGCAUUCAUACUCAAGUUCACUCAAGCCGCACUCGUGGAUAAACCCCAUCCCCAACUUUCAACUUUCCCACCGACUAGUUGACGUCAUUGCAAUAAUAAACGUUUGUGCUUAUUUUUUUUCCUCAAGAUUGAUGGAAAAAAAGUGAGCAGUAUAAAGGACCUCAUCGAAGAAGCUCAGCCGGACCAAGAGCAACUUGAGAAGCAACAGGAAGUUGCAGAAAAAUUAAGAUCCUUUUUGAUGGUGAGAGGGCAUUUUCAUUUUCAUAGAAAUUGGGCGACAAGCUACUAGAGAGAUGAUUAAGUCCAACAAGCUUGGAAACGAACCACGUCCUCUGGGCUUUCCUGACUGAUUUUCAACAUAAUGUCACGUUUUUCCAGUGACUUAACGACUACAACAACACUUUACUAGCAAUUUCACGUCUAGAAUCAGUGAGAUGGAGUCUCUGGAAGGAAACCUUUUAUGUAUCUUUUCAAAUGAAGCAUCUUUUGUAGUACUUCUGCAACGUAUCAGUACUGUAUGGGGGAUUUCCAUAAUGACUUUUUGUUUGUAGAACUACAUUAUUUUAGCACUCUUAGGACUGAUAGUACAGUAUACCUUUUUUCCCAAACCUCAGGAGCAGCUUCCAUUUACUGUCAGUCGUAUUUCUGUGGUUGGUGCCGCUGGUCAGGGGACAACCAUCGGUGGAUACCGUGAACUAGACUUGGCAGUAUUUGUUAAAGGUACGAUGUUUGACACUAACUGUAACCCUUAAAAUCGCUCGUGUACCAACUGGAACUUUUUCAGGGGGAACUCAACAUCAGUAGCACCAAAACAUGUGUGGUGACCCAUAUCUUUACUUUUAUCAAAAAGAUUUGGUUCUAUAAGAUGAGUUGAUGACCACAUUUUAACACCGUAAAAAGAUUCCUCAAAAGCCAACGUUUCGAGUGUUAGCCCUUCGUCAUAGUUAAUCAUGGUGUGUUAAUGUUAAUUAACAUGGACAACAAGAAUAAAAGAUUUGUGUUUCACUCCCCACCGACAGAGUAUAACACUGACAGACUAACCACUUCUUACUCAACCACAUCAAUGAGAUUUGCGCUUUUAUCGACCUUCAAGACCAAUGUUAUUCUUGCCUACUGAACAUCAAGCAACUCAGUGGAGCCAAGCAAGCGCACUUUCCUUCUUUGCGAUUUAUGUUGGUCUCAUUAUCACACUCUAUAAUUUACGACGGAAUAAAGUAUUGUUGUAAUCAUCCCUUCAAUAGCGUUGUACAUAAGUUGGAUUUAUUUAAAGUAAUAGCAGCACACUCACAGCUGGUUCAAGGGUCAGCUGUGUCAUUGCAGUGAUCUGCUUUUUUUUUCUUUUAAAAAAGCAAUUUUUAUUGUUUCUAAAAUGAAGUAUCCCUGUCCGUAGUGUUCAAAAGCCGAGCUUCCGCGCGCACAGGGCAUUUGCCAAAUCUAGCUUGAAAACAUUGGCCUGUGUGUGCGCCCGUCCGUACUCAUAAAAACUGUAAUAAGCCUUAAAAAACAGUACGGUGUUAAUUGAAAUACUUAGAGAAUUCCUCAGGGGUAGGACCUUAAGAACGUGUUGUAUUGGUGAGGCGGAGGCUCUCUGAACUAAUACUUAGCAGGAUGAAAGUCCUGUCUGACUGAUCCAAGGGACGGUUGGGCUUGAAGUCUCCACAGCCACGUACAGCUUUCUUAAACAUGACUCCAUGUUUUUUCUCUUCACCACGACCCCACUACUAUCCGGUACAGUAGUUCAAUUACUAUCCACUGAUGGGAUAAUGCAAACAACCACUCACAAUUAACUCUUACAUUCAGCGUACAACGAUAUCAUUAUCCAACUUUUGAACAACUGAGCCCAGGUGUAAAAAUGGAUUACCAGCGGUUUGUUAAAGCAGUGUCAUUAAACCAAAACCAAAGCAGUGACUUAAGACCAAUCACAACAGAUGCAGACAAUUCAAAAGGGAACUAAUAAGAAUUUCACCCACAUGAAUGUACCGCAGCUAAGUGCGAGAAAACGUCUCAAAUCAAGAGACGAUUGAUUUAGGUUUUUAAUUCCGAUUGGUCAGGAAAGAUGAGCUACCCUGCAAGCAGAGCUUGACUACGCGACAGACAAGGUACGCGAAUGACUUCGCAGACGCUAAAAGUCAUGCUUGCAAGAGAGAAACCUCUGCUUGCGGUGCAGGAUUAAGCACGAGAGUUUACAGCCAAUCACAACAGAUGCAGACAACACAAUAGGGAACCGAUCAAAACUUGAACCAAAUAUAUGUAACCGGCGCUAAACGCGGCGGGAAAACGCGUGUAAUCAAAACACGAUUGAAUUCCGAUACGUCAAGAAAAGAUGGAGUCCCGGCCCUCCGCUAUAACACGUGCGUGCAUUUGGAAUGACCUUGUAGUAAGAAGAAAAGCCACUGACAAGCGAAUGAUCCUUAAUGCCUUAUUGCUUUACAUUCACGUCAGAUGCCAGCUGUGUAGGUCGCUUACACCAGAAUAUUGUACAGUAACUUGACCCCAAUGGACCUUUUUGCGUGAAAAGUAUUUUUUUUUUAAUUUUCCAGACCUUCCUAGAACCGAACACAAGAGCUGGCUACCUGCUAUAGUAUUUACUAUCAAAACUUUGCUUAAGCAAGAAGGCAGCAAAACAGCAGACCAGACAGAUGAGGAGCAGUCUGCCACGAGUAAACUGCCUCCAUGUUCAGACUUCAUGACAACCCAAACAGCAGUGCUGUUUAAAUGUGACAGUGUUAAUGUAGUGGUCAUACCACUUAACGACUGGGAACCAAUGGGAAGUUUUACAGCUUUGUACAAACAGAGUCUGGGUCAGCCGGCAGAUGCACAGUUGUUGUAAGUUUAUUUCGAUGAACUUGGGUUCUUCCACGACCAUUUCAUACUCCAUCUAACAUUUCAAGCCACGAUAAAACAAUAUCAUAAUCAUGAUUGCAUGAUUCAGCUAAACUUCACUUUGCGGACAUAUGUCUACAUAAGUCAGACACCUCUUUACUACAGAAGGUUCCCCGGGUCUCAAAGAUACGAAAGUUCAUACAGUUCUUUACUCUGUAAUAGACACCUCUAAAAUGCAGUCACUUAGCCCUCACCCUCUUGUGCCCUUUAGUUGGACUGCUUAAAUUCCUCAGUGUAAAGCAGAGGACACUUUUCCCUCACGAAUGAAAUCCCCGCCACAUGGACAAAUUGUUUAAAGACUAAACCUCUUUACUAAGAACAUUACGGCACCAACAGUCCACAAAAGAUUUAACCACAAAUUCAAGUUUUAUAUUGGACUGAACUAAUUCUUUCUUACUAGAAGACACAAAAUCAAAGAGACGUGACUUCUUAUUUCUUACCUUAACUGAUAAGCUCACACCAACUAUAUCAGUUAUCUAUACAGAUUGCGACAUAUUUCACUAACUUUGAAUACGUUUCUUGAAUAAAAGAAAAUCGCCCUUUGAAAUGAAUGCUGCAAUGAAUCAGAACAGAAAGUGUUCUUUCCUUUCAGCUACAAUAUUUCAGUUUGUGAGAGGCAGACAGAGUUUAUUUACAUGCAGGAUUCCAAGGUAGUUUAUAUCGUCUACUUAUUUGACCUUUCAAUGCACAAAUUUUGAAUUGAUGCCUUUCCUUUUUUAAGUACCAAAAAAAACUAAACAUUCACUUUGAUAGCUUGCAACUCUUAAGAUACAAAUAUGUUAAAUGACGUUUAUCAACAACAAUGACAGGUUUGGAAUGUAAUGCAAUUCCAAUGAAUACAUUUUGGCAAAACUCACCUUACAACUCAUAAAAAUAUCAUGUAUAAGGAUGACAUUGGAUUUUACAUUAAUUUAUUCUAGGCUCUUAAAAAAAUUGAAAUACUCGCUGUUCAUUGUGUUGUAAAUUGUUAAUCUGGAUUACAAGUUAAUUUAACAAAGUGCCCUUAUGUCCACAAUUUCCUCCUUAUAGUUAUCCAUUUCAUUCAUUUUAUAAUAGUCCUUAUCCUGAGAACAAGGUUAAAACUUAACACUUGAUGUUGAUGUGUAUAAUUUUCCUCAGUGCAAGGAUCUAAUCCGUAUUGUGAAGGCAUGGAGUAACACUGUUGCCUGGCGGAAUUCAUCAUCCAAACCCAGUCAGUACCUAGUGUCUCUGCUGGUCACUGCUGCUUAUCAAGUGGUUAAUGAGUAAGUAGGCUAUUUUAGCAUGGGAUGGAGGUGGAUUACAUUAUUCUGAUUUAUUGUGAUUUGUAAAUUACACUCUUGCAGGGGAAGUGAAUCUCAGGCAGUAAGGGCAGACAAAGAUGUGUUUUUAGAACUUGCAGACAUGGUUGGUGAUGACUCACUGGAGUAAGUAAACAACUCAUACCAAAUUCCUACUGUCCUAAGCAGUCAAUUUAUCCCUUCCAAACACCUUUCUGACAAAGACAAUGUAUAAUUGUAGAAUGGCCUUCAAGUAAAACCCCCCUCCCCCAAGCUACUGUGUAUAAAUAAUUAUUAAUGACUAAUAAAUCCUGCUGUUUAAAUAACAAAAUUAGGGGAAACAGGAGUGGUGCAAACCUCCCACCUCCUGUGCCUUGCAUUCCCAGCUCCUCCCUCUUUUUUCUUGGCUUCCUUUGUUUUAUAGCCUUUUUAGUGGUGAAAUAUUUGAAGCAGUGUUGCUUAUUUCCACUAUUUCUCCCACUCCCACUCUUUUAGAACUCCCACCUCCCACCCUUUCCACUCCUGCCUCCCAUACACCUCCCAUCCCCUGUUCUCUUGGGCUCCCAUCUCCUGUCCUCCCCAUCAAAUAGACCAUAAAAGAACUGUGAAACUAUGAUCGCGAAUUAGGGCAAAGUGAUGAGACCACGCUGCAUAAUCUUCUCCACCUCCCCAAAAUAUAAUCCAAAUGUAAUACUGUGGCAAAUUUCAUAUUGAUUUUCCCUGAUAACAGAGUCCUACUUUCUGCCAUAGCUUUAGCUAUUGAUGUCCUUAAUGUUGGAAACACUUUGGCUACUAGAGUGCUGAGCACUCCUUUCCUAGGGCUUAAUUCUGUAGCACACAGAAUACAUUUCUUGUUUCUACUCACAAUUAUUCAUAUAAUUUUACUAACCAGUACUUGAAUAAUAUCAGCAAUAAUAUUACUAUUAUAUUACUGAGCAGUUUUCUCUCUUAUCUAGAGUAUUCUGGAAUGAAUAUUACCUGGCAGAUGAUUAUCCACGUGAGAAUUUUCCUGUUUCAUUUGAGCUGCCAAUCGUUCAAGAUCCUGCUAUUCCAACUCACAAUGUGGCAUCUGCUGGACUGGAGGACUGGGCUCAGUUUAGGCGGGAGCUGUCGAAAUGGGUUGCAAAAUUGACUCUUUGAUGGCAUCUUUCUUAACCUUGCUUUAUGUUAUUUUUCAAAUCCAAUACUCUCACAACAUGACCCUAUCAGACCUUGCUGUAAGAAUCCACUAUGUGCUGCGAAAAAAUCCCAAGACAUAAACAAUGAAUCAAAAUUAAAAAUAUAACUGAGAAUAAAACAAUUUAUUAGAACACAUUAGCAAAGACUAAAGUAUGCUAGUCUAUGUUUAAGUACAAUAAUAAAACAUUGAACUAAUAAUAAUCUGGCAAAAACUACUUCAAAACCUUGCCUUUCAGAAUAUGAAAUUGUGACGCACUCCUACUUUUAAGUGUGCUUGAGAUUGCAAAAACCCCUUUUUGAUGGGAACAAUGCAAGCAGGCAUAAAAUUAGACUGUCAUUUAUUUAUGUCAGUUUAUUUUCUGGAAGUAUUUUCAAAAUAACCCCCAUAUUUCACUGACUUAUAAAAAGUAUCCAACAAUAAGUUUUAUGCAUUUUAAUUAACAGAUCAAGGUCUUUCCUUUUGGGAAAAAAUAUAACAUUUCAGUCAUCUAAUUAUAUUCCAGAUGGUUUUGAGGCAUUUAUACUAU